AUGCCGUCAGCAGCAAACGCGAACGAUACGCCCGCACCCGUGUUGUACUACAGUCAGCACAACACCGAACAAGCGACCAGUAUAAUCUUCAUCCAAGGCGCCGGCGGCGACGGACAGGACUGGUUACCAAUAGCAAAACUCAUGCCCAACUACCACACAAUCCUCCCAGAUCUUCCAGCUCACGGCAAGUCUUUCGACAUCAAGCCCUUCAGCAAAGAACUUUCCGCGCGACUUCUUGCCGAGCUCAUAAGCAAGCAUGCUCACAGUGGCAAAGCCCAUGUCAUAGGACUCAGUCUAGGCGCUUUCGUGGCAGUGGAGCUCGCAACGGCAUACCCUGACGUGGUGCUGGGCAUGUUUAUCUCGGGAUUGAAAUGCUUACCCCCAAAUCUUGCUACUGGUUUCGGUUCUUACGUCGCCUUCGCAAUGGGCAGACUUGAAAGUGUCGUCCCGAUAUCUGUCAUCCGUUGGCUGAUGGACGGUGCUGAAAUUCGAGACCCGCAUCCUGAGCAAUCACAUCCCGAGCGUACCCGGGCGAUAAUGCUAGCUAUCUCACGACCUGAGCAUGUACUACCAUGGCCUGCGAGGACGUGUAUUAUUGCGGCGGGCAAGGCGGGGAUUCUGCCAACUUCUGAUACGCCGGCUGAUGCUAUAAUGUUCCGAGAUGCUGGAAGAAAGGGCAAUGCUGAGACGAUUGCGUAUACGCAUGCACUCAUGCGGCAUCCGUGGAAUCCUAUUACUGCUGCUAUGGCGGCUGAGCCCAUACUGGCUUCCUCCAUCUGGCUGGCCGAGGAUCAUUCUCUACCAUCGAGGCCCAAGGACCAGAGACUAGCCACAGGACUCCACAAGCUAGAUGAAGCACUCGAUGGCGGUCUUCCGUACGGAUGUGUGAACUGCAUCUCCACAGAAAACGGAUGUGAUUCCACCCAGAUCUCACAUCAUGCUCUUGUGUCCCAUCUUACGAGUAGCGCCACCGCAACAGCCACGGUCAUCGACAGCACGUUGUCCUUCGACCUGCGCAAACUGCACGGCCGCCUCAAACGUACUCUACAGAAAGGCGCUGGGGAUGCUGAUGCUGCUAUGGACGUGCUGCACCGGCUGAAGAUCAUGAAAGUCUUUGACUUUGUUGGCCUGACUGAGGCUGUCAGCGAGGUCAGGGAAGUCCUUGAUACUCACGCACGAAGCAUGAAUUCAUCUCAAGCACGCGCCGUCGCCCCAAGAGGCACGAUCGGAGAUAGCCAAGAUGAAGAGGAAGAAGAAAUGAUGGACGUGCUUGUACCACUACAACCGGAUCGUGAGAAGAAGAGUGACCCAUGCUUAGGUCUUCUGCUCAUAGAUAACAUAGCUCAAUUGGCAACGCCACUACUCAAGAACAAUCACGUGCAAGGGCAAGCACUUCUGACCAACUUCAUGCGCUCGCUCUCGCACAGUACAAAAGCGUACGACCUCUGCACGCUUCUCAUCAACGGCACGACAAGCUACGCACAGUCGAAGGAGGAGACUCCAAGCAUUUUCACCUCCUGCUUGUCGCGGCCUGCUCUUGGUCGAACUUUCGGCUACGGAUUGGACACGCAUCUUCUGAUGCACGCAGUGCCCAAGACGGGAGCUGAUGCACGAGCAGUGUAUGGAGGAAAGUCUGGAGGGCGGAACGACCGGCCAAUUGGGAUGGCUAACGUGCUGGAAGUCUUGCAAGAUCGCUCGGGUGGCUGUGUCGGUCGGUGGGUCGCCUUCACAGUCAACGAAGAUGAAAACGUUGUAGAGAUGUGA